ACUGACCCCAACCUUUCCACCCAGCUAAAACAUCCUGCUCCCUGUGUUGGCGUCAUCUCCUCCGCCGCUCCCACGGGUAAGCUACCAAAAAAGGUCUCAUUGCAAUAAUACUCUGUUCGGUUUUCUAAGCGGCACUGAUCUGUGCGAUAGUCUGCUACCACCAUGGACUCGAUGCGGAGCCUCAACAGGUCACUCCCUAAGGCGAGGCCUCCGAAGCCAUCUCCGGAAUCUCUGCAAGCCUUCAAGGACGCUGCAAUGUCCGUCACCAGUCUCUACCGAUGCGCCAUCGCCGACGCUGAAAGGUCUCGGAGCGAAGGCUAUCAGGAGGCUCUAGAAGACCUACUCAAUUUCUUGGAUCAGAGACACCUGGGCGAGUCUACAGGAGAGGGCCUCCUUGUCCGCCAGUGGGCCCUUGACAGGUUCGACUCGCCUGGAAAUCAGACAGCGAGCGAAAGCGACGAAGAUACCGACGACGCCCGCGGACGUAGCUCUUCUCCUCCCCCAGAACCAAACGCAACGUCCGAUCACGCAGAGCCUUCCGACAAUCACACUAUCGAUCAGAAUACUACGACGCCGGUCGAAGAGAAGGCGGACACAAACUUCCAGCCUCCUCAAAGCAUGUUCCAGUUUUCUUCGCCACACCCCUACCCAAGCUCCAAUGCCGCCAACCCCGGCUCGGAUCCAGUCGCCCGUCGCAGUGGCACCCCUCGUCGAUCAACAGCGUGGAGGCAAGCUGGACAGAAUCUGAAUCUCUUUUCUAUCGGAGCUGGAGCGGGGCAGAAGCGGAAAAUCAUGCAAGAGUUCUUCGACGUUUCCGGCUAUGGCGGCGACCGGCGAGAUGCGAAUGGUGGAGGUAAACGAUCCCGGAUAUGAAGCUCUUCUCGGACCGAUUAUAUCGCUUGAACGCUAGAUUGCCGUCGCACACGUCGCUACCGUCCAAGAUCCGUACGUCAAAUGCCCCUGACUAAAAGGUCUCCGAUGGGCCGAAUACGCGUCCCCCCCGCACGCAUAGGUGCUAAUCCGCCGUUGAGACACACGGGCGUUCACUUCUUCUGACUUCCAUGCGAUUCGAGUGCAUAUGCAGCUUUUGGAAUGCGCGUCACCGGUACCAGCAUUGUUUCGGGGAUGCAAGGCAUAGAAUGGCGAGAGCGGUUAGGCUUGCGGAUGCAUUAUGAUACCCAUAUGUCAUAGAGACGGCGUUUUCCUGUACAUAGCUUUUGUAGAUAGCAGCGACUUGGAGAUGGAGGCGUAGGUGGAGGAAUAUAUUUUCGGUGUUCUAUGAUGGAGAGAUAUGGUGUUUCUGCUCAUACAGGCCAUACAUUCAACACCAGCGAUUCUAGAACCUGGUUUCUUCGCUGAAGCGACAAAUAC